CCUCACCCGGAUAUACUUCCACGUAUCUGGUGGUGUGCGACCGGACCACUAGCAUUCCUACCAAUACACGCUGCCGGUAUAUACGAUCCAGGAUCAGUAGACUCGCAGAUCAGCGACUAUGUCAUAUCAUCAUACACCCCUACGCUAUCCGCAUUACUGGAAUCAACCCAUCGUAUUAUGGACUCCUCAUUCAAGCUAUCUUCAGUCAUUUAUCCCAAUCUACCA